CUCAGGACCUGUCUGUCUGUUCUUCUCUCUUCGAUAUUCAUUGCAACAAUCAAUCUCAAAACCUCAAUUGAUCUUCCAGGAUGCAUAUAAACUUCAGAUGCUGAAACAGUAAGUUAGUUUCUUAUCCACGUAGUUAUACGCAUCUUAAUUUCAACCAAAUCAUUGCAAAAUUUCAACUUCAGAUUCAUUCCUUCGCGAAAAUUUUGAACUGUAUAUGCGAUCGUUACUUUGAAUAUAGCAUCACGUACAAUUCACCUGAAUUACAAUCACAUGAUCAAUUCGGAAGAUUGAACUGAUCCGAUCAAAUUCAGUUUUUGAUCGUUGAUUCAUUCAUCAAUCAAAACCCUAGAUCUAAAUAAAUCUAGGGUUAGGGUUACACAGACAUGUCCUGUUUAGCUUUAUCCCUACAACCCACGAAUGGAUCCGAUAUCCUACUCCAAACACGCGAGUGGUUUCCCCCGGCACGUGCCCUGGUCGCCCUUUCAGCUUUUCGACAGACCCGUCUUGCUUUUGCCACCGGAAAGAAUCAGAAUGCGGAGGAUGGUGACACCUCUUUAGGGGAUGACCCCCUGGCAGCUUCCAGUGGACAAGUUAUUGUGGGUGUUGAGAGCCGGUACCGUGUUGUUUACAGGCUUGUGAAUUCUAUUUAUGUGUUGGGGAUCACAACGGUUGAUGAUGAUUGUGUAAACAAUGUUUUCGAAUGUAUUAGUAUUGUUAACCAGGCGGUGAGUGUGGUUGUUACUGCUUGUCGUGGUGUUGAUGUUACGCCUGAGAAACUUGGAAGGAAAUACGCAGAGAUAUAUAUGGCACUGGAUAUUGUUUUGAGGGGUGUCAGUAAUAUCAGGCUAGCUGCAAUGCUUGCUUCUUUGCACGGGGAUAGCAUAGCCAAAAUGGUGCAUUCUGCUUUAAGCACAGAGAGUAAGAUUAGGGGGGCUGAUAAUUGGAACAAUGUAGAAGUUCAUUCUGCUGAGCAUGAAUCAAGUGAGGCUGCCUUUUCAAAUGCUAGUUUUGAGCUGCCUCCUGAGACCUUGGAGGCUGGUGAUGAGGUGGCAGCUACACUUGCCCGGACUGAGCAGGGCCCACCUAUUGAACAGGAUGAAGCUAAAAAAGAUGAUGACCAGGCAGAGAAGGAUCCUUUUGCUGCUAGUGAUAAUCUUAACAAACCUGUUGAUCUUGUUAGUGGGUUCAAGAAAGACAAGGAACAAUCUUCUGAUUUGUCGAUAGUUUUGUCAGGCCUUGAGGUCACUACAUUACCGCCAGCUGCAGCCACUGAGUCAACUCAUAUUGGUGUUGAAGGGUUUGAAGGGGAUUAUGGUGGCAUAGAGUUUAGUAAAGAUGGUUCUAGUUUGCCUGAAGAUUUUGAAGGUAUAAAUCAAGCUUGGGGUGGUGGUUUGGAUGCAUCAGAGUUUGUUGAUUCAAAGAAAGUAGCAAAACCCGAAGGUCUUGGCGGGCUUGAAUUCUUGGGAACCAGUGAUGCCCCUGCUAAAGCUGCAAGUGGCGCCGAUACUCCUCUUGAAGACCUUGUAGUGAAAAAAUCUGAAAUGAAAGGUCCUGAGAUGUUCAUUUUAGAAGAGAUCAAUGCAGAAUUUAGGGAAUCUCUGCUUGCUAGAGUUGGUUUAAUGGGCACGGUCUACAUGAGAACUUUGCCUCCUAAAUCUUCUGGUGAUGCAGAGACUGAGUUCUCUUUCAGGGUUGAAGGUACAAAUGGUGUCAAGAGAUUUGUUAUGCACAGUUCUUGUGUAAGCAGCCUUGGCAACCAAAUGUUUCAUGUUAGGACAGCCCCUUCAGAUCAGCCUAUACCUGUCAUAAAGUAUAGCUUGCUGCCUCGUGCAACUCCUCUGCCUCUGAGAGUUCGACUGGUUAAACGUCAUAGUGGGACUUUGCUAUCUGUCAUGAUCCAAUAUGUGUCAAACCCAGAUUUGCCUGUUCCCCUGACUGAUGUAACAUUUAUUAUUAAACUUCCGGUGGACCCAAGACUCUUGAAGGUCUCACCAAAAGCUGUACUGAACAGGUCUGAGAGAGAAUUACAAUGGCAUGUUCCAGAGAUUCCUUUAAAAGGAAACCCUGUUAGAUUGAGAGCGAGGAUGCCGGUGGAUACUAGUGAAGAAGAUGGUGGGGAGGAGCUUGAGGUUGUUGGUUAUGUAAAAUUUACUUGUCAAGGAGCAAAGUCAUUGUCUGGGAUCUCUCUGCAGCCUGCUUCUGAGGGCAAGACAGACUUUUAUGAGGUUGCCCACAGGUAUGAAAGUGGAGUUUAUACAUGUAACUGAUCUAUGCUUUGUGGUUUUCAGGCGUGUUUCUAUUUUUCAAUUUGCUUGGGGAAGUAGGUGGUUUGAAGUAUUCUUUCUAUUGUAGCAUGUAACUCAAAAUCAUUGUUUGCUACGACAAAAGUUUCAGUCUUUCUGUGCUAUUAGCCAUAUUGAUUUGUAACAUUGUUCCUAAUGUUUGUUUUCUUACAACUUGAUCAUGUCGUGCAAGUUUGCCCU